AUGUCGACCUUCAACACGCCGAUCGAUUGGGCAACGUGCAGCGCCGAACGCCAGGCCGAGCUGCUGAUGCGCCCGGCAAUCGCCGCUUCCGACAGCAUCACCCGCACGGUGAGCGAGAUCCUCGACAACGUGAAGGCCAACGGCGAUCGGGCGCUGCGCGACUACAGCGCCCGUUUCGACAAGGCGGACGUCGCCGCGCUGCGCGCGAUGGCAGUGGCCGUCGCCAACGUGGACACUUUCCACAACGCGCAGCGACUGCCGCCGGUGGACGUCGAAACGCAGCCGGGCGUGCGCUGCCAGCAGGUGACCCGCCCAAUCGACUCGGUUGGCCUGUAUAUUCCCGGUGGGUCGGCGCCGCUGUUCUCCACCGUGCUGAUGCUGGCGACGGCCGGCGCGCAUCGCCGGUUGCCGCCGGGUGGUGCUGAAGUGUUUCAGGUCGGGGGCGCGCAGGCGAUCGCCGCCCUGGCGUUCGGCACCGAAAGCGUACCGCGCGUGGCGAAAAUCUUCGGGCCGGGCAACGCCUUCGUGACCGAAGCCAAGCGACAGGUCAGCCAGCGUCUCGACGGCGCGGCUAUCGACAUGCCGGCCGGGCCUUCGGAGGUGCUGGUGAUCGCCGACGCCGGCGCCACCCCGGCGUUCGUCGCUUCCGAUCUGCUGUCGCAGGCCGAACACGGCCCGGAUUCGCAGGUGAUCCUGCUGACGCCGGACGCGGCAAUGGCGCAGGCAGUGGCCGAAGCGGUGGAAAGCCAGCUGGCCGAGCUGCCGCGCGCCGAGACCGCCCGCCAGGCGCUGGCGAGCAGCCGCCUGAUCGUAGCGCGCGAUCUGCCUGAGUGCGUGGCCAUCAGCAACCGCUACGGCCGGAGCACCUGA